AUCGUCACCAGUCGCCAAUCACCAGUCGCCAGUCGCCAUUCGCCAAUCACUAUCCGCCAAAGGACCUUAAGGAUCAUCAGCCCCGCAAGCGCAGGGGCUAGUCACUCGCACUCAUGGCUCACGAAGCAUCAUCAGGAGCGCUCGCCCGCGGCGUCACGAUCCAUCAUUCAACACGGCGAAUCGAGCAGCAGGCUUCUCCACGAUGAUGACACCAUGCGCAUACAGGCCGUUGCUGCUUCGCUCUCGUCCCCAGCUUCCAAGAAAGAGCGCUCCGGGACGCGCACCUAGUGGCUCAUCAUUCGCAAGGGCUGCCAUUGCCUGCUCUGUGGCACGCACGGAUGCCUACCCGUCCCAGUCCUUCUCCUCGGCAGCAACAGCAGCGAGUCGCGCUAGGCGGACGAGGGGCAAGAUCGAGGACAGACAGCGGGGCGACGAGGGCGGGCAAGGAGGAUCGCAUGCCGUGCACAUGAGACGUGCUGGAGCAAGCGAGUUGGAGAGCAAGGAAGAGCUGGGUGCACGGGACGUGGAUGCGGUGGAUGCGGAGCGCACAAUCAUUUCGUCGCGCUUCAAACAAUUGAAACGGUGGUGGAGCAAGGCGUACCUGAUGCAGGGCGAGCAUGAGUGCAGAAAGAUCAAGGGAAGCAGGUUUGAUGGCAAAUCGGAUCACUCCCUCUACCUGACCCACGACUCAAAGUUCAGGCGUGUCAGCAUCCUCGCCAUCGACAUCGAGACUCGUACUGGCGUACCCGAACAUCCGCAGCCGAGCGCAGGUCGAGAGACGGGUACCUCGAUCAGGGAGCUUCUGAGAAAAGGGUUGGAGAUCGACCCAUUGGCGAGCGCGUUGCCCAGCACCCAAAAGGAUAGCUCUGAUGUGGUGCAAAUUGGCUGGACCGUCAUGUCAGCUAGCGACGCCCCACAGUCUGACAUCGACAAUAUGACAGCAAGGCAGAAGAUUUACCUCACGUUCGAGAAGCAAGAGUACCGCUCGUGGCAUUAUGUCGUGAGCAAUCACUGGUCCUUUGCGGCUGGCAAACCGCCAGACACGGGCAUCUUUGCCUUUGGUCACGCUGCAGACACGGCUCCAGACUCGACCUUGACCGAAGAAUUCAGCCAGACGCGCGCCUCUGAGUGGCACGAUGACGCGUUUGAGGGAGUGGGGCGCGUUCAUCGCUCCUCGAGGCUCGCUUCGGAGUACCAAGUCUUGGGCGCUCUUUACGACAUCAUCCAGUAUCUCAGCAUACGCAGCAAUCUCUUGAUUGCCGUCCACAACGCCAAGCAAGCUUUGCCACUUCUCCGUCAGAUUGGACUGGACGUGGAUCACUGGGACUCGCCAUACGAUGAGGAUCUCUUGGUCUCAUCCGUACCAUUGCUCGUCGACGUCCAAGGAUUCGGACUGGGCAUGCUGCGGGAGUCUUGUCUAAAACAAGCAAGUUCCAAAGAGCGAUACAACUCUGCUGUGAUCAAUGCCCAGCCUAGGGAGUUGCCAUUGGAAAUUCUGACGAGCGUUUUGCGAAAGCCUCGUCGACACGCAGAGUGGCACAACUCAGGCAAUCGGGCACGGCGCAUCGCCGAUUGCGUCGUCAGCUUCUUGUCUAGUCACAUCUUUCCCGUGCGAGCUGAGUUGGCAGCUCCACUGUGGGACCAGGCGACCCUCGAUUUUGCAAAAGCUGGUGGAGACCUUACACUCAUGGGCUUGGAGGUGGACGAGACUGGUGUGCUGCGCGCGAUUCGGAGCCCGUCAGGAGCAGAAAGGGACGUCUGCGAGGAGCCCAAUCUCUCGUCGACCAGCGACGUCGUUCGCUCCAGCCAAGAGAUCGUCGCAGACGAAAUCCCGCUUGUAGAUCAGCUCGAUUCGCUGACGUCGCAGGAAGAGCACGACAGCGGUAGCCAGUCACUUUCGGUACUCUCGCCCAUCGACUAUAUCCUUGCGCGUCCCGAACCAGCAUCCUCUCAUACCCCUGCGUCGCACACUAAGGACGAGGCAGAGCAGUCUCUUGCACUCGUGCGGAAGCGGCAUGAUGCCCAUUUUCACCUGCGGUUUGUCCACUUGCAGGGCGCCAUUCACACUUGGCCAUCCGUUGUAGCCAGCUUCAAGUUCAAGCAGAGCAUUCGAGAUGAAGAAGCACUCAUCAAGCAGACGUAUGCGAAGCGCCUCUCAACCAAUACCACGACUGUCACGUGACACGCGCCCAUAUCCGAAGGUGCAUCCAUCACCUGAAUCUCAUGCUUUCUGACCGCCAUCAUCUCGUGUGAUGACGACCUGAUGAUGGGGGGUUUCGGGGAAGCGUGUUCGCUUGCGGUCAACCACGGCCAUCUCGAAACGGUCGCACAUCGCCUGCGCUCGCCACACAAGACUGGUGCCCUUGCAACUUGUGCGCGGCGAAGCGCCCAAAACGAGCAAUGGCGCGUCAAUUGGAAAGGGACCGAACCAUGGUACAAACGUUGCGCUGAUUGUCCUACCCUAUGGUUAGUGCGUGCGAGCUGCACCAACAACCGCAAGGGCGUUAUCUGUGAGAAAUAGGCCCUUUUGCGCCUGUUCAAGGCAGCUUGCGAGAUGGAGAAUUUUAUGCUAUGGC